CGGCCGCAAUACGUCAAAUGUUUAUUUGGUCAAACGGUAUCUGAAUCACAAUAAACAAGGUAUAAAAAGCCAAUACUUUUUUUCGAUAGGCACACUACACAUCCUCUUUUCGUUAAGGAAGGUCUACUACCAAAUCACGCAAGAUGUUCUCUUUCAAAUCUAUCGUGCUGAUCGCUGCGGCUUUCACCAUUGGAGCGGAAUGCAGUGGAGUUGCGGUACCAGCUGUAGCGGCCGCACCAUUAGUAGCCCCGGCAGCCGUAGGAUAUGCUCACGCUGUGCCUCAAAACAUCCCACCUUACGCAGCGCAGGUCAGCGUGGUUAGUAAGGCACUUAACCCUGUGCUUGCUGCGCCUUUCGCUGCACCUUACGCCGCUGCGCCUUACGCUGCGUACGCCGCUGGGCCUUACGCAGCCGGACCUUACCUCGCGGGCCCUGCGCCUGUCCUGCCCGGCCCCUACGCCGCUGGAUUGGCGGCCCCUGCCUACGCCGCUGUGCCGGCUCCCUAUGCCGCCGCUCCUUACCCUUACGCCGCGUCUCCACUGGUGCGCGCCGCUCUCGGUUAUGCCCCAGCAUACGUACGAUAGAAUAGAAGAGAACAC